GGCGAUGUGGUGUGUUCAGUGUUCACUGUUCACGCUACAAAAAAACGUAUGGGGACAGUGAGUGAUGUUGGAAAAGGAUUUACGGCAAAACAGAGGCAGCAACCUCGUUACAAGUUGAAAAAUGGCGGCUUUGAUCCAGACCGUACAUGGUGGUCUGGUUGUUACCAGAACCUUUAUGUCCAGACAUAUACCUCAGAACCAGGUGAUAAGCAGCAAGAACAGACUGUUCCUUUUCACUUCGCCUCAGAGGCUAAGCCAAGGGAUAUGUUACUCGGGAGAAGAGCUUAGCAAUAUGUCAUGGACUUACAGAACGAAAAUGAUAGUUCGUUGCAAGGCUGGAGCAGUGCCUUUGAUGAAGCAAGGCCACAGGUUUCUCUCCUCCCUAUCAUCCCCAUCUUUAGCUGGAGACCCGUCAGCGACAAACCGACACAUCAAGAAGUUUGUAGCUGCUUUUCCUAAAUCAUUGGCUCUCAAUGUCCUCUCUCAUCUCCUCUCGGAUCACACUUCCCAUCCCCAUCUCUCCUUCUUUGCUCCUCAGUUGUAUUCUGAAAUCACUGAAGCGUCGUGGUUUGAUUGGAACCCUAAACUCAUAGCUGAUCUUGUCGCUCUUCUCAAUAAACAAGAAAGAUUUCAAGAAUCGGAAACACUACUUUCUACUGCGGUUUCAAGGCUGGAGUCGAGUGAACGAGACUUUGCUCUCUUUUUAUGCAAUUUGGUUGAAUCAAAUUCUAAACAAGGGUCUAUACAAGGAUUCAACGAAGCCUGCUUUCGUUUGAGAGAGAUCAUUCAAAGAUCUUCAUCAGUUUAUGUUAAAACUCAAGCUUACAAGUCUAUGGUUUCUGGAUUAUGCAACAUGGACCAAUAUCAUGUUGCAGAAAGAGUUAUCGAAGAGAUGAGAAUGGAUAAGAUAAACCCGGGGUUGUUUGAAUAUGAGUCUGUUCUAUACAGCUAUGGAAGAUUGGGAUUGUUUGAUGACAUGAACAGGAUAGUACAGAGAAUGGAAACAGAAGGUCACAGAAUCGACACAGUUUGUUCAAAUAUGGUUCUUUCUUCAUAUGGUGCUCAUGAUGCUCUUCCCCAAAUGGGUUCUUGGUUACAGAAAUUGAAGGGUUGUAAUGUUCCUUUGUCAAUAAGGACGUAUAACACGGUCUUGAAUUCUUGUCCUACAGUCAUGUCACUGUUGAAAGACUUGGAUAACUGUCCGGUUUCUCUUUCCGAGCUGCUUACUAUUCUGAAUGAGGACGAAGCGCUUCUGGUCCGCGAAUUGACUCAGUCAUCAGUUCUAGAUGAAGCAAUUCAGUGGAAUGCGGCGGUAGAGUGUAAGUUGGAUUUGCAUGGUAUGCACUUGAGCGCGUCGUACUUGAUAAUGCUACAAUGGAUGGAUGAGAUUAGACUUAGGUUUAGUGAAGAGAAGUGUGUGGUUCCUGCUGAGAUUGUAGUUGUGUCUGGAUCCGGAAAGCACAGCAACGUAAGAGGAGAGUCACCGGUUAAAGCACUGGUUAAAAAGAUUAUGGUCCGGACUAGUAGCCCGAUGAGAAUUGACCGGAAGAACGUUGGUAGUUUUAUUGCCAAGGGAAAAACUGUAAAAGAAUGGCUAUGCAAAAUGAAGUUAUGACUGUUAAUUUAACCGUAGGAUUCACAAGUUGUGUUUGUCCAAAAAAAAAGGAUUCACAAGUUGUUAGUUCUGCUUGAUUGAAUACCAAUUACCACAUUCAUGAAUCGCAAAAGAACACAAGAAUGUGAUAGUGCAUAUGAUGUUUUAACAGUUUUAAUAACUCAGUAGGUUAAACAAUUUUGUAUGGGAAAACCGAAAAC